AAUCACGAAUAUGACAUGGUCUGGAUACACUAUAAAUUGGUGCGGAAACCGAAAAAUGAGGGCGAAGGCGUCAUUAUGAACGUCGGCAUCUUGGCCAAGCUCUACAGACAGGCGCGUAUGGCCAUCAUGGAGGAUACUCACGACGUGGACGCCAAUUGCGAUGGCCCCGAUCUAGAUUUCGUUUACGCCGAUGUGGAUAGCUAUCAAAAUGAGAUCGCCGAACUUUACAGCUACACUGAGUUCAGUGAAUUCCAAAUGAAUGUUAAGGCAUUCGAGGACCAAAUGGAACUAUAUGAUUUGCCACCGAAUUGGCAGAAACAGGACGCGAGCUCGCAACGCAGCAUUGUGAUGAAACUAAUGGAUCAAUUGGAAGUCUCCGAUCGUUCCUUCCGCAUGCAGGCGGCUCGGUGCAUUCUCUAUCUGGCUCAAGGCUGUUGGGCCGAAGUGCAAUCCGACGAGGAACAGCAUCAGAAUACUCGCGACAAUGUCAUCGUACUCUAUCAGCUGGGCGUGUUCUCCUCGUUUAUUGAUUUGCUCAACAUGGAGAUCGAAACAGCAUGCUCUCCAGAUAUUGUGGCAGUGAAGAUAACAAAUGUGACACUAGUUGAUUCCACUGAUAUCCGAGUCAUACUCUCAGUACUGUACAUCAUAACGGAGACAAUACGCGAUGAACGGGAGAAAGGCAGCGAGGACUACAAGCAGCUGGCCGAGUCAUUCGUGCAGGAGAUCAACAGCCCACUGCCCGAUGGGGAGCUGCUCGCCGUCAAAUUGCUGGGCAUGAUCACGCGCUUUUGCAGUGGUGCUGCACCACAGUUUCCCAUGAAAAAGGUUGUUCUGCUGCUGUGGAAGGUUUCCCUUCUGGGACUUGGAGGCAUGGAUGUGCUGAAGAAUCUCAAGAAUGAGUACAGAGCGAAGGUCGGGCUGGAUCCGAUCACCGAGGACACACUGGAGGUGACCAAAUGCAUGCGUGCGAGUUCGCCGCCCGCAACAGCAACGGAUAUAUUAGAGAAUCAAUAUCCGAAAAGGAACUUCAAGCGCUCACUGAUGAAGCAGCGCUUUUUGGACGAACCAGAGCAAAUCGACAUGGAGAUGUCUGGCAAUGAGGGUGGAACGAAUGCCAACAAUGGAAAUUCAAGUGCAGGAAGCGGGUCUGGCAAUGGCGAAGACGAGCUCUCCCAAUACUAUCGGCCUUUUGACGAUCCCUCCGCUUCCACCUCGGGCAACAGCAACAACAGCACUGCAUCAGCUAAUCCAAACAAUCAACCAAGUAACAUGCAACCGCCAGUCACAGUGCCGGCUGUGCAGAUAACGCCGCGUUUGCCAUGGACACCGAAGGUGCGCCAGAAGGAUAUCGAUCAAUUCCUGGAUAUAUCGCGCAACAAGUUCAUUGGCUACUCUUUGAUUGGCGAUCACGAGAGUCUAGCAGGUCUGCCGCAGCCCAUUCAUGAGGGAUUCAAGACGCUGCAGCGUCACAUGUACGUGAGUUUGGCCGAUGUGCAGAUCAAGAAGGAGGAGGACAUCGCACGUAAUCCAAUUUCAACGCACGAGGAUGAAAUCAAGCUGACACCAGCCGAGAUACUCUACCAAGCGAUACUACCAAAUUUGCCACAGUAUAUGAUUGCGCUAUUAAAGGUCUUGCUGGCCGCUUCGCCCACAUCCAAGUCGAAGACCGAGAGCAUCAACAUCAUGGCCGAUGUGUUGCCGAAGAAGAUGCCGCUGACGGCUACACAGUCAACGAAGUUGACCGUCGACAUGGGACGCCACAAGGAGAUCAUCGUGAAGGCUGUAUCCGCUAUAAUACUGCUCUAUCUGAAGCAUUUCAAGAUUAACCAUGUCUACCAGUUCGAGUUCAUGUCGCAGCAUUUGGUUUUCGCCAAUUGCAUUCCGUUGGUGCUGAAAUUCUUCAACCAGACCAUUACAGAGUAUGUGAACACGAAGAAUUCGAUACCAUUGCUGGACUUUCCGUCGUGUGUGAUUGGCGAACAGCCGGACCUAAGUGGAGAUAGCUUCGUUUAUGGCGGCGAGAUGUCUGACAAGCCCUACUCCUGGCGCAAUGUCUUCUCCUGCAUCAAUCUGCUGCGCAUACUCAACAAGCUGAUCAAGUGGAAGCACUCGCGCGUUAUGAUGCUAGUCGUGUUCAAGUCGGCGCCCAUAUUGAAGAAGACGCUCAAGGUGCGACACGCGAUGAUGCAGCUGUAUGUGCUGAAGCUAUUGAAGAUGCAGACCAAGUACUUGGGUCGCCAGUGGCGCAAAUCCAACAUGAAGACUCUGAGUGCCAUCUAUGCGAAGGUGCGGCAUCGUCUCAACGAUGAUUGGGCCUUUGGCAAUGAUCUCGAGUCGCGACCCUGGGACUUUCAGGCGGAGGAGUGCACGCUGCGCGCUUGCGUCGAUCGCUUCAAUUUGCGUCGUUACCCGGAAGCGACGCAAAAGUGCGGCGCCGGUGGCGGCGUCGGCAGCGGCAACAACGGGACGGCCGCACAGAAUGCCGAGAAUGCGCAGCAGUCGAACAUGCACGCGGGCAAUGGCAGUGGGGAUCGAGAUUCCAAUGGCUAUGGCAACAAUGGGAGCAGCGGUGGGGGCGGAGUUGGCAACAAUAGCAGCGGCCAACAGAAUCAACAGCUGCACGAUUAUGGCGUCGAAGGUGGCUUUCCCAGCGAUGAGAUACUCACGCAUUCAGAUUUUGCAUUCUUUGGCCAUUCCGGCUGGUGGGAUCGCAAGGUGGAGCUAACUGAUUACUUUAAGGCCAACUAUGCCGUUUGGCUAGAGGAGGAGGUAUACAAUAGUCAAACCGACUGGGAUGCGCUUUAAGCUGCCAUUUGGGACUUGCAGCGUGACCCGCAUAUUUAAGAAUAAAGUUAUUAACAUACUUCUAAGCAUAUAUAGUUGACAAAUUGAUAUAAUCGAAUCCAAGCCGUAGUCGGCACCAACUAAACUACUCAUUCAAACCCAUUGGCAAUAAAUUCGUGCAUGCAGAGCUAA